CCCUGUGCAGUGACGUCGAGCGUGUUCGUCAGAGGAGCACCUGUAUCGGGGGGGAAAAAGAAACGAAAAAGAAAUCCGCACAAGAAAUCUCUCGCGUUGCCACCCCGCGACUCCCUCCGGAUCAGAGCUGGAGUUUGUGCAGAUCUCGUGCAUUUGACUGGUGUCCUCUAAUGCACGCGGAGCUCGCGCUUUUGUUUGCGUAGUUUUUGUGUUUGUUUAUAUCAAGCACUGAGAUCGAGAGAGCAGCACAGAAGUUUCCACUCCUCCACAGGAAUGUCCCAGAAGGAGAGACCGACUUUCUAUCGACAGGAGCUCAAUAAGACCAUAUGGGAGGUGCCGGAGCGCUACCAGAACUUGUCUCCCGUGGGUUCUGGAGCUUAUGGAUCCGUGUGCUCCUCGUUAGACACUAAGACAGGCUUGAGGGUCGCAGUCAAGAAGCUGUCCCGGCCGUUCCAGUCCAUCAUCCACGCCAAGCGCACAUACAGAGAACUGCGGCUCCUCAAACACAUGAAACACGAGAAUGUAAUUGGUCUACUAGAUGUUUUCACGCCCGCUACCUGUCUAGCAGGAUUCGAUGACGUGUAUCUGGUGACGCACCUCAUGGGAGCAGACCUCAACAAUAUCGUCAAGUGCCAGAAGCUGACAGAUGAUCACGUCCAGUUCCUCAUUUAUCAGAUCCUACGAGGAUUGAAGUAUAUUCACUCAGCAGACAUCAUCCACAGAGACCUUAAACCCGGUAACUUGGCUGUAAAUGAAGACUGUGAACUUAAGAUUUUGGACUUUGGGCUGGCCCGGCUGACUGACGACGAGAUGACGGGAUACGUUGCCACGCGAUGGUACCGUGCCCCAGAGAUCAUGCUGAACUGGAUGCAUUACAACAUGACAGUGGACAUCUGGUCGGUGGGCUGCAUAAUGGCUGAGCUCCUCACAGGACGGACCUUGUUUCCUGGCACUGAUCAUAUAAACCAGCUUCAGCAGAUAAUGCGCCUGACGGGAACCCCGCCAGACUCUCUAAUAAGCAGGAUGCCGAGCCACGAGGCACAGAACUACAUCAGUUCCCUUGCUUAUAUGCCCAAGAGGAACUUUGCAGAUGUGUUUAUUGGUGCAAACCCAUUAGCUGUGGACCUGCUGGAGAAGAUGCUGGUUCUGGACACAGAUAAACGGAUAACUGCGUCACAGGCUCUCGCGCACCCGUACUUCGCCCAGUACCACGACCCGGAUGACGAGCCCGAGGCAGAGCCCUACGACCAGAGCUUCGAGAGUCGCGAACUGGACAUCGAAGAGUGGAAACAGCUCACGUAUGAGGAGGUGAUCAGCUUUGAGCCCCCUGUGUUCGACGGAGACGUGAUGGAGUCAUGAAGGCCGCUCCACCUCCAGGACCUUCAUCCAUGCAGGAAAAUCACAUUCAAGUGCCUGCCAUCAUCAAGUGCUGGCUUUACCCCUGUUCUGAGCCUGCUUAUCCAUGCCUUCAUACACACACACACACACACAAAAUGUGCAAACUUUCAAAAAGGACACUGAGAAUGUAAGGUUUUGUGUCAUGUGACCCAGUAAUUUAAAGGGAUAGUUCACCUAAAAAUGUCGUUCCAAACCUGUGUGAGUUUCUUUCAUCUGAUGAACACAAAAGAAUAUUUGGUUGGUGACCAACAUUCUUCGAAAUCUUGUUCAGCGGAAAAGAAACUCAUACAAGUUUGGAACAAUUUGAGGGUGAGAAAAAUAACAAAGUUUACUUUCUAGGCCAGAACGCUUUCUCAGUAAAAAGCAAUCAGUCAUUCAAAGCUCACAGUUUAAUAUUCUUUCUCUGGGGAAGCAAAACAUUUACCUCCGAACUCCGCUUGUAGCCUAUACAAUACACAGAGGCCAGAAAAACUCAAGUAUUGUCAGAAUACUACGUUUUAGAUAUGUAAAUAAAAUGGCACUGCUGUACAUAAAUGAUGAUGAUGUGCAGCUACAGUUUUAUUUAGUAUUUGCAGCAAAGCACGCAUCACAGAAUGUGAUCUGCAUUAUAAAUAGCAAAUGGAUGAACUAAAGCGGGAAUCCGCUCCGCUCAAGAGAAUGUAAUUAUUAUUUCGUGCUCUGUGUAGACGCAGUGAUCUUCUGCCAUCCGCCAAUAACCGAUGACAAAAACAGUAAUAAAUGUGCAGAUAUUUAGAAGAGCAUGUGGUGUUCAGUUCCUCACAAUGUUCUUACAUAUAAAAAUGUUACGGGCCAAUCUCACAAAACCUCUCCGGAAUAUGUCCAGAUCAUAAUUAACCAGGACAAAAAUUCUCUUGCAUAAAGAAAACAAAGCCAAUAAUUAUAUAGAUUUACAACCGAAAAAAAAAAUCCUGUAUUACAGUAAUGAGACUCGCCUUUCAAAAAACUGUUGUGAAAAUCGAGGUUUCUGAAGAUAGGCUUCCUUCUUCCCAUCUACAGGAUUAUUUUCGACGUGGUGAAGUGUGAUUUGGACAUGUUUUUGGCUGCUUUUGUGUGGUUUCUGCCUGUGGCUGUUCCCUUCACUCCAUGUUAAAGGGCAGCUGAUGCUCUAGCUAGACUAGAGAGUCAUUUCUCCCCUCAUUAAUUUAUUAUUUAUGUAAAUUGAGAGAAAUGGUUUGGAUCUGGGUUUAACAGGAAGUUCCUGACACCAGAAGCACUCCACGAGCGAGACACCGCUGCAUUAUGGUCCACUGUAAAGUGGUUCCCCUUUAUUUUUGCUUGCCCUGGGAAAGACACACAGCCGGAAAGUUCAUAUGAUGCGAAAAUGAACGAUCCUGAGCCACUAUUCUGCUUUUCCGAUCUUAAUUUAACAGCCCAGACUAGAAGACUGUCUCAUCAAGUGUUUUCAUAAGCGGAGCCGGAAUCUAACUUAUUGUAUCUGUGGUUUAAGAUUAUUUUUAAAGUGUUUUCUUUUUCACUGUAUAUUAUCACUUAAUUUUAUUCAGCAAUAUUUUCUGUGUUGAGCAUGUAUUGUUAUAUGUGAGGGGGGUGUUUGUUUGUAUGAACAUUUACAGUUUUCUGACGAGUGCAAAAUCACUGAAAGUGUCAAUCAGCAGCGAGAUCCAUUACACGUGCUUUAUACUUCAUAUUUGUUGCAUGGAAUCCAUUGUUCAUGGAAAAUAGAUGAUUGUAUCUCUCUUUUUGUGCAUAUAACCGGGUUUUUCUUCAGUCGCACACAAGUUAUGUGGUCUGUGAACAUUAACAACCACUGCUAUACAGGAAUAAAAGCAAUUAUUUUUCACAACA